AUGCUGCAUCUCAGCACCUGCGCCCGGCUGGGGCUCGGCCCACGGGGCUCCCUUCAUCCGCGCCAUGUGCAGCCUCGCGCACAGCCCCGACCAGCCCGCUCCCGGUCGGCGCCAGCCCAGACUCGGAGCCAGGUGCAGCUCCUCGCCGCCCGGGAUGACGUCAGCACACUGCGCUUGCCCCUGGAUUUCAUCGCCAUUCUGACCACCGUCAGCGAGCAGAAGGGCCCCAAUGAACGGCACGCCAACUUCAGCCCCGGCGCCCUGACGGCGCGCUCCGAGAUCCUGGAGGGCGCCCGGGCCACGCUACGCGACCCCGGCAGCCAGGCCCGCUACGCGCAGCGCGUGCAGCGUGGGGAGGUGGAGGAGCGGGUGCCCUCCCGCCUCGUCCCCGGCGCGCUCCUGCUGCUGCUGGAGGCGGGUCGCGCCCGGGAUGCGGCAGAGGCGGGCCAGCGCUGGCUGUCCCAGGCGCGCAGGGGGGUGCGGGAAGCCCAGGACGUGGCGCUCGCGACGGGGCUGGGCCUCUGCGACGCCGCCGCCGACCACCUGGCCCAGACGGGGCGCGUGGCAGAGACCGUUCACCUGCUGGAGGAGGCCGCGGGUGUGCUGCACAAGCACAGGGCGGGGUCCAGCCUGCAGGCAGACAUCCGGACGGCGGUGCAGGAGCUGGAGACUGCGGUGGUGAUGGAGCUGCUGGGCGCCGGGAAGGAGGGCAGGGUGGAGGGCCUGCGCCGCGCCCGCCAAAUCCUGCUGUCGUCCGGCGGGAGGCACGGCGAGGCACCCACCUCGAGCCCCUCGGCGCCGCCGGCCCCCAGCCUGGAGUGGAGGUCCAAGUUCCUGGCCGACCUGACACCACAAGAGCUGAUGGCGUUCCACGAGGGCGUGGGGCACAGCGCGGCGGGCACCUCCAUGGACCUGUACCGCAUCAGUACCGCCUACAUCGGCUUCGCAACCCUGACCAGGAGGCCCGCCUUGCUGAUUGCCGCGCUUUCCUGCCUGGAUGCGGCCGACGCGAUGGAGGACGCGGCGCCCGGCACGGCACCCGGCCAGGCGCCGCAGGACGCGCGCCGGGCGGUGGAGGAGCGCCAGCGGCGUAGUGUGGCCCGGGCGGCCGCGCGGCUCCUGCUGGGCGACACCGAGGCCGCCAAGGCGGCCCUGGGCUGGCAGCAGGGCAGGCCUGCCGACCGCCAGGUGGCCGCCUUUGUCAAGGCCAACAGCCCGGACCCCUCCGACCCACUGCCGGGCCUCUGUGCUCUGGUGGAGCGCUGGGUGAGCGGCGUCGCCUGGCCAUACGCGACAUCUGUCGGGCAGGAGCCUGGCCAGGCGGAGGGGGCGUUCAGCAUCAAUGCCUGGUUCGGGGAUGCGGCAGUCCAGGCCUACCUCUCCUCGCCCCGGCCCCACGGUGACAGCCAGCCGAGCCUGGCCGAGAGGCUGGCGGGGGGGACCGAGGCGGUGCUGGCCUGGCUCGGAUCGCUCCCGAUCCCAAGCCGAGGCGUGCGCCUCCUCGGGACGGGGCCGGCGGUGUGCCUGAGGCCCUCCCUGGGCCUGGCCCGGCUUGAGGGUGAGGAGCUGAUGUGGGACGCGGGCAAGCGGCGCCGGCCGCGCUGGGGACGCUUCCUGGCGGCAGGGGCCUCCAUCCUGGCUGGCGUCGCGCUGGCAUCGCGCCUGCCCGGACUGACGCAGGGCCCGCGGCAGCCUGUGAGCCCGGCGGCGGAGACUGCGCACCCGGCAGACUCGACGCUCAGCGGCACGCAGGCUCUGCAGCUCAUCAAGCGCUGGCAGCUGGUCCGGGCGGCGGCACUGGGCGUGAAGCAUGACGCCCGCUCCCUCCCCACCAUCCUCGGGGGGGAACUGCUGGCCACCUGGCAGGAAAGGACGAAGCAGCUCGCCGCGCAGAACUGGCACUACGACCAGGCCCUGGACGCGGUGAAGCUGCUCUCUGUCAAGCCUGGGAGUUCCCCUUACACGGCAGUGGUGAGGGCACGCCUGUCCGAGAGCCUGGUGGCGCACCAGGGGAGGGAUGCGGCGCCGGUGGCGCAGCGCAAGGAGUACACGGUGAGGUAUGUCGUCGAGAAGCGGGGCUCCGGCUGGAUCAUCCUGGAGGCCGACAUCGAGGGAUGA